AUGGAUAGUUGGAAUGAAGUGCUUACAGCAUGUGAUCCAAAUAUAAAUGUCGUUCAGUCGAUAUCGGCCAUUGCGUUUGAUCCUUAUCAAGAGCUGUUGUGGACUGGAAAUGAUAAAGGUCGAGUCGCCUCUUAUUUCGGUGAAAGUUUGCAGCGAUAUACGAGUUUCCGAUCACAUUUAACUCCUGUCGAGCAAUUAUUAGUUAGUGAUAAAGGAGUGAUAUCUUUGAGUUCCGACUCGGUAAAGAUGACCAAUCGCCGAGGUUUGGUUAAAUGGGUAAUAAGCAAUGAGGACACUACCAAUUUACAUUGCAUGACGUAUACGACGAUGCCCAAUUCAGAAAUUUUGGCAGCCGGAAGACAACAGAACAUGCUCGUCAUUAACGUUGCUCGAGGCACCGUUGUAAAAAAGGUCGAGUCAGAGAGCGAGAUUGUGGUGAUGCGAAAGUCAAGAUUAGUGUGCUGUGGUUCGACCUCGGGUGAAGUAACCCUCAGGGAUCCGCGAACACUUAAAGUGGAACAUCGAAUUCAAGCACAUACAGGAACCAUCUCCGAUAUAGACACCAUGGGAAAUUUACUAUUGACAUGUGAUCCUCUGGUUAAACUGUAUGAUGUUAGAACCAUGCGACCCCUGGUUCCAAUGUCAUUUCCCUCUGGGCCCUGUUUCCUCAAGAUGCAUCCUAAACUUUCCACCACCGUCUUCAUCAUGUCACGGUCUGGGCAGUUUCACGUGUGCGAUGUUGGAAACGCUUCCGGCACUCAUUUUUAUCAGGCAAAUGCCAGCUACAUAAAUGCCAUUGACCUUUCGACAUCUGGAGAGAUGCUUGCGUUUGGUGAUGCCGUUAGCAUGAUCCACCUGUGGAGCGAUCGUAAAAGUUCGAAGAUUAAUGCAUACUCCAAUCCGGUGGAGCUACCGGCUGUUCCCGAUUCCACUUCCAAAGUGGUUGUUGGAGAAAACGAUUCCUUGUCAUUGGUCGGCAUGCCUUAUUACCGAGAACCACUUCUUUCGGUAUGGCCGUCAAGCAUGGUGUUUGAAGUGGGAAACCCAUCACCAAAAAUAGAUCCCGAAAUAUUAAGCAGCAUGAAGAUGAUAGAUUUCGUGGGAUAUGCACCAAAUCCGGGCUAUCAAAGAAGGAACCAGGUUUUUCGAUGGUCAAGAAAAGAGCGCAAGUCCGGAGCUCCUAAAUUUGUUUCUGAAAAAGAACGAGAAUUACAAUCAGGAAAGGGAUCAAAGCAAGAACCUUUGUCUUUAUCUGAAGGUGAGGCCGAGCUGGAUGCGACGAGCACAAGAAUGCCCAAAUAUUAUCGAAGGGUUGAGAUUAAGUACAGUCGAUUUGGCGUGGAUGACUUUGAUUUCGAAUUUUAUAACAAGACACAUUACGCUGGACUUGAAACACAUAUUACAAAUUCAUAUUGUAAUUCUUUGUUACAAGUUCUAUUCUUCAUCCCUGUCCUCAGAUUAAUAACAAAAUCUCAUAUUGGUUCUACGUGCUCUAAGGAGAAUUGCCUUUGUUGCGAACUUGGAUUUUUGUUUCGCAUGUUGGAGGAUGCCCGGGGGAGAAAUUGUCAAGCCUCAAAUUUCCUGCGAGCUUUCAGCACGAUACCUCAAGCGUCUGCUCUCGGACUCUUUGAACCCGAAGAGCCGGAUGAGAAAACGACGUAUUCGCUGCUCAUUCAAAACUUUAAUCGAUUUAUCCUCGAACAGCUGCAUCAAGAAUGUAAUUCGGAAAACAACCCUCGGCUACUAAAAUCUCUGCCUUUAGAAAAAACGUCGCUAUCGAUGAUUCAACAGUUGCUUGGGAUGCAGAUGGUUUCAACUAGUUUGUGUAAAUGUGAAACAAGAACUGAGCGCCACACAAUUCCGUUUGUUGUUGAUUUAAAUUAUUCUUCGAAUAAUUCUAAAGGAAAAGGUUCUUCGACAAAAUCGUUUGUUGAUGUUUUACGUUCGAGCAUACAACGCGAGACUCAACCCAAAGCGUGGUGUAAUAAGUGUCAGCAGUAUGUUCCCACGAUAGCCAAAAAGAUUCCAAAGGGAUUGCCACCUAUUCUGUCAGUCAAUUGUGGUCUUGGAACGACAACGUUGUCCGAGUUUUGGAGAUCUCCUGAUGGGAACAAUCCUUGGUUGCCAAAGAGAAUUUCGAUGAGUAUUGACCAGGAUGAUCUGAAUAUAGCGGAAAUAGAGACAAGCACGGCGAUCGACAUAAGUUACACCGGAAACCCUAAUCAUGCGAACUACGAAUUGAUGGCGAUCGUUAUUCAAGUUAAAGUCGAGAAAGAGAUUCCUCAUCUUGUUGCUUUCGUUAAAGUUUCGAAAGAAUUAGAAACGGAAUCGUCCGGCAAGGGACCCUGGUAUUUGUUCAAUGAUUUUUUGGUAAAAAACGUUAGUGAACAAGAAGUUUUCAAUUUCCAAGGUUCAUGGAAAACACCGGUUCUUUUAUAUUACUCAAGAGUUGAUAUUUCAGACUUGAUGGAUACCAGUGUGUUACCUUCUGAAAUUGACAAAUCCAUCUUGUUCAAAGACAUUUCAAUAUCAAAGCAUCGUGACACGAACAUAAAGUCAGCUCAUCUAUUGACACCCGAAGAGUUACCUCAACCUGGAACUUUGGUUGCAAUAGACGCAGAAUUUGUUGCUUUAAACCAGGAAGAGACCGAGAUUAGGAGCGAUGGCACGAAGUCAGUUAUUCGUCCCCGUCGUCUUAGUUUAGCACGGGUUAGCGUGUUACGCGGGGAGGGCGCAAGAGAAAACCACCCGUUCAUUGAUGAUUACAUUGCCGCUUCCGAACCCGUGGUUGAUUAUUUGACCGAAUUUUCGGGUAUUCAAGCUGGCGACCUGGAUCAACAGUCUUCAAAGCAUACAUUGGUGGCGUACAAAAAAUUAAGGUUACUCCUCGACCUCGGCUGCAUCUUUGUUGGACACGGACUAAAAAAAGAUUUUCGUAUAAUAAAUAUUUUGGUCCCUUCUAACCAAGUGAUCGACACAGUAGAUAUUUUCCAUAUUAAAAAUAGAGCUCGGAAAAUAUCACUUAGAUUUUUAGCUUGGUAUCUACUGAGACAAGACAUUCAGACGGACACGCACGACAGUAUCGAGGAUGCGAGAACCGCGCUGGCGAUAUAUAAAAAGUACUUGCAAUUCAAAUCGGAAGGUAUAUUUGAAGAA